UUUGUAUAGGGUGGACGUUAUUGGCCCUGCCCAUUUUGGCGGCGAAUUUCAAUUUCGAACGAAAAUUGGAAAAUAGAAUACGUAUUAUUUUUUAUUACUUGCUAAAAAUGUUCUUAGUAAAACUUUGCGACCAGUUAUAAAACAGAGUUAUUAGAUUGAAACUUUUUUUUUUAUUAUCCUUUAUUGAAGUUGUCAGGUGUUUAGUGUUUUUAGUGUUUUUUUUUUAUGUGUAACAUUGAAAAUGUUAGGACGAGGAAUGAUAACGGUUUCGUCAUUAUUCAUGAUGCUUAUCGGAGGUGUCACCAGUCUCCGUGACGUCAGACUAGUGGUGGAGCCUGCCACGGUCAUCAGAGGUGGUACAGCUGCUCUGAUCUGCUACAGAGACAUGCAGGGGGCGCCACUAUACACCGUGAAAUGGUACAGAGGGAACCACGAGUUCUACAGAUUUACACCGUUGGAGGAACCAAAUAAUAGGGUGUUUGGUCUACCAGGAAUUUAUGUUGAUAUGAACCAAUCCAACGGGACGCAAGUGUUUCUCCGACGCUUAGAUCUCAGUCUCGCUGGCAACUUCAGCUGUGAAGUUACUGCUGACUCUUCAUUUGCGACCCAGAUUGCUACAAAGUUCGUUGACAUCAUAGCUCCUCCAACGUUGGGUCCUGUUUUGAAAGCGGAUAAAGAUCGUUAUCAGCCAGGGGAGAUCUUGAGAGCCAACUGCACUUCAUCUCCAGGACGACCAGCGACUAAUCUCACUAUAUACAUCAAUGAAGAUCCUCUCCGAUCAUCGGAGACCAGUCUACAUCCAACCGAGAGUGGACUGUUCUGGGCAAGUGUUCAAGUGAACCUGAAGGUAACUCCUGAGCUUUUCCACGCAGGAAGACUAAGAGUCGGCUGCGUUGCCACCGUGUAUGAUGUUUACAAGAAGUCAGCUAACUUAGAUUUCUUCACGCCGGAGACUGAUCCUGUACCUGAGAGAAUCACUCUCAACGGCGGUUCAUCAAGUAGCAGAUCCUUCAACAGUUGGAUAUUCUUAUUCUUACUAUUCUUCUUACCAAUGCUGGUUUCCGGUCAAGGGUAUGAAACCUUUGACACUGCGUUUGGAGACUACUACGAUGAAGAAGUACGUGAGAAUAUCGCCUUGUCGCUUGUCGGAGGUUGAAGACUAGUUACUAGUUCACAGUGUUACCAGAUACGAAUUUAGUGAUUACAAUUUUCCGAUUGCAACUUUAACCUCUUAGACACAUAAGUUGUAAUGGAUAUAUAUCUUGCACGAGAUUUGAAGAAAUGUUGUUUUAAGUACUUGUAACAUUUUAUUAUUUGUGUUGACAAAAGUAAAUUGUUUGUUCUUAAAUACGGUUUUUUUUUUCUUUAUAAUAAAUACGAAUUUACAAAGCAAUUUAUCUCAGUUAUAUUUAUAAUUGUUAAAAAAUAUUUGUUACACAUUUCAAUAUAUAACUUAAUUUAAAUUAAAUAUGAAAUAUUGUAAAAAAAUAUGAAUCAAAUGGACUGAUUUUUUUUAAAUGUAUAAAAUAAUAGAAACAUUGGAGAAUACGCAAUGAAAAUUUAAUAUAUUUAUUAGAUUUUUUUUUAAAGUCCAGUAGAGUGACGAGUUAAAGGAUCAUUCUCAUAAUAUAAUAGGUACGUAAAUGCAAGAGAAGUAAAACACAUUAGAGAUUGUAUCCCACGAAAGAAACCGACUUAAACUGUGACAAAGCUAGUUAUUUCGAUUUACUACCUACUGAAUUGAUUUUUGUAAAAUUUCCAUAGAACCAAUCUGAAAAUAUUCCCAUUUAGAUAAAAAGAAAUUUUCUAAGUCGGUUUAGAUCUGACGGAGACAUACGAGGUAACAAAUGUUAAAAAAAUAGUAUUAGAUAAAUGAAUAGAUAAAUGAAAUUGAAACUCUUAUCCUAAUAUCGAUCCUGAAUGGAUAUUUAUUAAUUUAGUAAAUACUAGUCUACUUGAUGAAUUUAUAUAUGGAUAACUCAUGACCAACAGUGGGACAUGGAUUGUUAUGCAUGCCAGCUAUGUGGCUUAUUAUAAAGAUUUCUUUCCUAGCUUCAGUGUUUUAGGCUUUGUUUCGUAGUCCCUUCUUCUUCUAUCUUGGAAACGAAAAAAAGUGGAGACAUGUCGUAGUUUUAGACUAUCAACAUACUGAAUUUUUAUAAAAUAUGUAUGAUAUAAAAGUUUAUUUAAAGUACUAAUAAUAUUGUAAAUACA